UACAGUAAGUUUUGUAGUUGGAUAUAGGCACUUCCCAGAUAGCCAUUUUAUUAAGCUUCACUUGGUUAAUCACAGGAGGUUAAUACAUAAAAGGAAAGUGGAAUGACCGCCAAAGGGCCAACAGUGGUCAUGGUUGUGGGCCGUGUGAACCAAGGCAAAACGGCCCUCGUGAGCACUCUCACCCGUAACAACCAUUUGUCUGAAAAGAAGGACUGCUGUCAGAAGACAUAUCGAUGGUACCCUGAGAACGAGGGGGAAUGGUGGAUAGUAGACACGCCCGGGUUUGGUUCAUUGUCAUAUUCAGACGAGAAAGUUAUGACAACAAUAAAAAGAAAGGCCAACGGUAUUGAUCACGUGAAUGCGUUUAUUUACGUUAUGAACUGCAGUAAGAGAAUCACAGAUUAUGAAAUCGUAACCUUAAACCUGUUGGAGUCUCAAUUUGAGGAUUUUCUAAAAAGCACAGUCUUUGUAUUUACGCAUGGUGACAUAUAUCCCGGGCUGUUGACUCAAGACUUCAUUGAGAGAUUUCCCGAGACUUUCAGAGACAAGGUUAAAGAAGCUGACAACAGAGUUGUCGUCAUAGACAAUAAACCAAAGAAUGACGAUAAUAACACAAAAAUUAAACUCAUACAAGACUUUAUUAAAAAUAUUGUAGAGGGCACCAAGGUAUACCAAUUAGAGAGUAGAUGGUCGUCUCUGCUUAGAUUUUUUAAGUUUUGAAGGGAUAGAUGGCGACAAGGACAGCAACUAUUCCACUGAAGAAUUAGCGAGAGAAUUGUCGUUUACUUAAAGACUUAACCCCUUUUGUUUGAGUUAAAAUCGACUUAAGAAUCAGGGAUUUUUAAAAUACCAAACUGAAAAGAAUACAUUACAGAUGUGCAAUGUCAUGAACAACAUAUUCAUCAGGAAGACGUAUUCCAAAAACUGAGUUUUUGCAAUUUAAAUAAAAGAUUAUUGAUAUCAAAAUGGAAGUAGUGAAAUAGUUACUGCCAUAUAGUAGGGACAUAUGAUAAAGAGACCUCUCUCGGCUAGUUUGAAAUAAGAUUGAAAUGCCACGCGCAUUUUGUUUGGGCUUCGGGCGCUGGGAGUGAGUCAAAACAUCAUUGUUUCAACGUAUCAGUGAACGUGCCUGAUAAAAAUGCAACGGCGCUGAUCAUAUUUCCAUGUUGAUAUUAAAUUGUUUUCAUGCAUCCAUUCAAAGUGAAACUAGGUCUUGUAAAACAGAAGAGUAGAGAAAGACAGAGAAGGAGAGAAAAGAAAGCCCACAUGACGUUUUUUAAUACUGCUUACUGUUAAGAAAAAUAUUUUUAUUUAAGAAAUAAUACCAGGAUACAGCGCACUGUAACAACGUUAAAUAUCCCAAUUCUGUAUAUCUCAAGUACGUUCGUGUCCAAGCGGGAAGGUUAUAUUUAGAACUAAUGACAUCAACAGUUCUUGGAAGAGAUGGAAAGUUUUCGUGUAUAUGUUUAGACUGGAACGGGUUAUAUUAACGAUAAAAGCAUGUAAAAAGAAAGAGGAAAACAUCACAUCACGUGCUUCUCCAGCAGGCUUUGCAGAGUUCAUUUCGGUAUUUUUCAAGACUUGCGGUUUAAUUGAUUUACUCUACAUUGCUUAUGCAUUGUAAUCGAGUUAAAAAUAAUCUCUUCUAUAUUGACGUUCCGUUCUCAACCAGCUGACUGUAAUCAAAUCACUCAGGGCGCAAGGUCAAACGCCAGCCGUCUUGCUUGUCUAGGUCACAGAUAAAAUUAAUAUGUCGCAGGCCAGAUUAAAAUUCAGUCAAUUGUAUAUUGGCCCUGGUCAAAUUAGACUUUCAAGAAUAAAACAUUACCAGGUAGAUUGAAAUGUCAGUAUUACGGCAGAAAUAUU